AAAAUCCGUGAUCAAUAUCACGCAGUGGUUUAUAAAAAUGAUUGAGUGACCCGUUUUAGCUGAACUUUUGUGAAGUAUUUAUGUUGCCAGUACCCUUUUGAAUUUUGUAUUUCUUGUGAUAAACCGGAGCAUCUCUUUUUAAAUUUGUGUCUAUCUUGAAUAACUAAACAUUCCGCCUAAGCUCUAAGCUUAAUACUCAAUGGUUGAAAACAUAUGAGAUGUUGUGCUUUUGUAGAUAACAAGUUUAUCUACAUCAUCACAAAGUUUAUUGUAUCUCGAAACGCAUGCAUGUUGAAAAACACAAACAUUUCGCUUGCUAUCGACAUACAGCUUGUAAUCAUUCUGCAAAUAUUGAGCCAUUUAUAAUUGCACCGAAAAUAUUUGGGCCAUACAUCAAAGAUAAAAACUUCUCACGAUUCUCGAUACAAGAUCUUCAAGGCGUUGUCUUUUCAAUUUCUGUAUUGCUUCUCCCAGUGUCUGUCGUGUUUUUCGUCAGUGUCGAUAAAUCAUGGCUUACGAAUACCUUCCAAUAACAGAUCCGACUUGGAUCGAAACAAAAGAGCAGCUCAAUGUUAGUGAUUACAUUCAGGUGAGGCCAACAAACUGUGCGGAUGUUCCAAUUGGUAUCCCGAACUGGGAACCUCAACCUUGCUGUCUCUCGGAACUGUUCAAAAAUUGGGAACAGGAGCUCCGCACGUUCGAAGUAAAGUCGGAUGACGUUUGGGUGGCCUCGUACUCCAAAAAUGGAACCACCUGGACCCAGGAAAUGGUAUGGUUGAUUUGCAACGAUUUGGAUUUCGAAACGGCUCGCAAUACCCACCUCCGGCAGCGAUCGCCCUUUUUGGAAAUUUCAACUCUCCAUAAAGAUCGUGGAAAUGCAUUCGAGUUGUUAAAAAACAUGCCUGGUCCUCGAGUCAUCAAAACACAUCUUCCUGUGGGUCUUCUGCCUCCUCGAAUUUGGUCGGUGAAACCUAAAAUUGUUCACGUCAAACGAAAUCCCAAAUCGGUAGCCGUUUCCUACUUCCAUCACUCGAAAAUGACUCACUUCAAGGGUGAUUUGGACCAGUUCAUCCAAUUGUUGAAAAAAGAUCUUCAUUACUUUUCACCGUAUCAUUGCCAUGUGAUCGAGUACUACGAACUUCAAAACUAUGACAACAUUCUGUAUCUCUGCUACGAAGAUAUGAAACGGGAUCUACGAUCGUCAGUACUGAAAACUUGCAAGUUUUUCGGCAAAACUUAUACGGAUGAACAAAUCGAUAAACUUUGCCAGCAUUUGUCAUUCGAUUCGAUGAAAGCCAACGAUACGGUUAAUUAUAAGGACUUUGGAGGAGAAGGAAGGUUCAUGCGGCAGGGUACGGCUGAUGGUUGGAAAAGGGAACUAAACGAUCACCAGAUAGCCGAAAUUGAUCGUUGGACUGAAAGCGCUGUAGAAGAAAAGUAUCGUCACCUGUUCAAUGCAUAAUUUUAAUCUGUUUUUUUAGUGUGAUAAAGGAAAAAUUAAGAAGAACAUAAUAACUUCGAAGGUUUGGGUGUGUAUUUUUAAAUGUAGUGCAUGGUUUAUAUUGUAGAUUUUUCAUUCAGGAAUUCACUCCGAAAAAAUCCGUAGAUA